AUCAUAACCUAUACCUAGUCUAGAUUCGAUCCUUUUUUGUAGAAGUGUGUGGUAAAGGCUAUAGCUAUGUUAAUAAAUUACCAAGAAAUAAGCUAUAUAACCGGAGGGAAUAGAUCUAUAAAUCUUUUAUUUAUGAGCUAAGAGAGAGAAAAUAAUCAAGGAAGAAUAUGCCUCUUGUCUGUGAGAUGGAAUUAAUAAGAAUGAGCAAAUAGUUCAACGUAUGGCAACAUUGUGGGGCGAUUAAAGGAGAAGAAUAUGUUACUAAAACUAACUAAUUACCUGACUUUACUUCAUCAACAACCAUCAGUAUAAUGUCAAUAGAUGGUUGCUUGAAACCAUAUGCAUAGGGAAUGUGGACCUGAAAUUGAGGUUAUCCGUCGAUGGAUCGAUGUAAAUGUUAACGGAUCCAAACAAAAAGAUAGGUGGUCCAUGUUUUCCAAUGGAGCUGAGAAGGUACCUAGUCUUUGAAGCAAUCUCAAUUGGCGAGGUGUGUCUUUGGUUAACUUCCUACAUUUGUAACUUGUUUAAAUUCAGUGUAUGUUUCUUUGUCAAAUGAACCUAUAAUUUAAUUAUUUUAUGCAACCUAAAAAAUAAUUAUUGUUGCAAAAUUGACGUGUAAAACAAAGGAACCCUACGUCUCUGGCCACCGUUUGUGGAGAUUGGAGUUUUGCUAAAUUUGCACAACUGUAGGGGAGGUUUUAACCAAAUCAGAAGCUUUUGACUUCUUGAAUUAAACUGAAGGCAAGCUCGUGCAUCGUAAUGGCACUAUUGUAGUUUUUGUUACAGGUGUGAUAUGUUGGUUAUAAGUCGAUUUAACUCUAUAUAUUUUAGGGGUGAGAUCAGAUCGUUUUUCCGAUGAGAUUUGAUGACAUACUAAUAUAAUGUAGGAUUUAUCCUUUUCAAAUAUGUUCUGCAAGUGCAAUUACAAAUGUAUCUUUUACGUUACUUAAAUAUUGAUUUGUAUACUCUAAGACUUCCUAAAGAGUUAGACGCUAAAAAUAACUAAACCAAAUCAAACAUGUAGUUGAACAGAAGAUAGUCAAAAGCAAAAAGAUUGGUUACAUUGAUCAAGUAUUGAACUUCAGCAAGACCUUAGAUCUUUAGCUAAGCAGGCACAACUUGUUUCUAAAAUGUAAGUUUCAUCACCUAUAUUUCCUUUCACAUCAAAUCUUCAACUUGUUUCUAGAAUGUAAGUUUCAUCACCAUACUCUCGAUGGUUUUCAUUAAAAUUAAUUAAACCCAACUGUGAUGUUGCCAUCAUAUAUUUAUUUACUUCGUAUAUGUGGCAUGUAUUAUCAUAUAUAUCAUGUAGUUGUAGACACAUUUUCAUACUCUGGAUAGUUUCCACCAUAUUAAAGUAAACAUGGUGUAAUUGAGAAAUUCUGGAUGGUGGAACAAUACCAAGAAUACUCACACAACUGAAUCUAGACUGAAUAAACCACUGAAGAGUUCAACAUUUGAUAAUUUUAGUGACAUAAAUAAUUAGGUAUUGGUCAAAAACUUAAAUAUUUUCCUAGACUUUGUUUUCUGGAGUAAUUUGUUGUGUAAAUGUCUAUUUUUCUUUUUCUGAACAUUAGUAAAAGAUAGUGUAUAACAACAAUAGGGAAUCGUAUCGUGGUGUUCAAAGGAAGAUUAGUACUUGCAACCUCAAUUAGUACGCAAGUGUACAAUAUUAUAUAUUAUUCCCUUGAUGCCAAAUUGCCAAUAAUGAGUUAAGUAUUAUGAGUCUAUGACUGACUACGGAAUCUUAAAUAAUAUAAUACGUACAUUUGUUUCUUAUAGUGAGAAAGUAUGUACUUAUGGAGUUUAUCUUGCAAAACUUGUGAUACGUUAUGUUAAUUGCAAUAGCCGUUCCUAGUCUCUAUAUUGAUUUUUUACAUUCUUAGGAUGUGUUAUAAAAAGUACAGUAUAUUUAUUUUAGAAAGACAGGCGUGCAGAAUCCAGCGUAUCAUCAUAAGUAAAAAGAAAGAAAACGUUGAUUUGAUAAUCAAUCAUUAGAUUUCAUAGCUAAUUACGUUUUAGAAUUGUUUUCUUAAACAAGCGCAAGGAAGGUGGUAACCAAUAAAAAAUAGUUACGUUUUAGAAUCGGUUUCUUAAAGACGCAAAAUGUUCUGUCUCUGUCGCUCGCUAGUGUGUUUCUCCAUAUAUGUUGGUACAACAAAUACAAACAUAAUGGAGCAGUACGACUAGUUUUGGCCAUUUUUAAGUUAUAGUAAUCCGGUAACAUUAAGACAAAUGUAAUAACAUCAGUUAUAUGUGUAAUGUUGUGGUACCAGUGAAAGCAAACCGAGUUACAGCUGGCAUGGUUUUGUCUUGGAUGAUAAGAAGACCCACUUAUUACUGGUAUACUUUGCUUCUAAUCUCCACCGUGUAACACAUUUCCCUGGUUUUUCUUGGCACAUUGUUUUUUUUAAUUAGGACAAUGUCAUUUCCAGAUCAUACAAGUGUACAACCAAAUACAUACGAAUCAACCAAUGGGUCAACAAUUAAGUUUAUAAUCUUGAUUAUUUGAAAACCGUUGAGAUUUGAACUAUGCAAAUAUCAAAUUUAUGAUUUAAUAUACUAAUAUGUUGUAGGUCUUUCAAUUUGGUACUAAAUAAAAAGGUAUUAUAAGAAAAUUGAUGCAUGUCACAAAAAAGAGAGAAGAAAAUCGAUGUACAUAUUUUCAAAUAGAGCUUUCUACUUGUAGUUAUAAACCACACAGAUUACUUCUUCUUUUUUGGGGACAGAUUUUAAAGACUAGUAUAUUUUAUAACAAACCAAUGUGAUUUGACAAAAGCAGAUGAAAUACUACUAUAUACUAAAAUAUCAAAGAGAGGAAAUUCCAAUCUUAUUAAUAAAAACAAAUUUUAUUCUUUGAAUUGUAAUAACAUCUCGUAUUAGAACUAAAAUGUUGAGGAAAAGAAAGUUUAUGUGGAUUUGUAGCUCGUGGGUAUUUUAUAGGAGAGGAGCAUUCGUGAUUUUUGAAGUGUAAUUUUCUGAGUGAUUCCCACAAUUUCCAGGACUAUCAUUUGGGCCUUGUUGGGCCAAUUUGAGUGGUGGUUUAAUUUCAUAAACUUCCCUGCUUCAAGUUUCGAAAACAAAAAUUUAAAAGAAAAAACUUUUUUUUUUCUUUUUCUACGGUUGAACCGGAUUGACCAUGAACCAGUUGCAUAGUUAACUUAGGUCUAAUAAUUGGUUUGAUCAUGAACCGGUCACGUAACUGGAUUAGAUUUCAAAUUUAUUAAACUGAUCAAAACAAUUAAAACUAUUAAAAAUCUAUAAAUCAUCCAUAUAAACAUAAAAUUAGUGUAUAUGUUUUAUGUUUUUAAAUUCAUUUAUAUUUUAGUUACGUUCCACAUUACUAACAUUAUUUUUAAAUCUAUACACCAAAAAUAUAUUAAAUCAAAUUAUUGAACUAAAUUUAAACCGACCGAACCAUAUUGAACCGUGAUCAAAACACACUAUAAUUUAGUGAAGCAUGAAUAAAAAAUAGGUGGUUAUUCAGAGGCUAAGAUUUAGCCAACGUUAGUGAUGAAUUUGAAGUUCAUGAUCCAGAGGUUAAGAUUUAACCAACAACGUUAGUGAUGAUUGUGUUUGUGAACGAACCAAAGAACACUAAACCCUUUUAUGACAUGGGACAAUAAUUUAAUUUGGAUUUUCGACAAAAUAAGGAAGGAAUUGCAGAAAAAGAGACUUUUAAUUUAGUCAUUAAACUCAUAAUUAAGGGUCAUAACAUAUAAUUAAGGAGAAAUCUCCUUUCUUUUUCUCUCUCUCUCUCUUUCUGUGAAUCUGAAAUUCGAUUUCUCCAACGUAGUUUCCUCUGAACACGCCUUCUCGGAAUCCAUCGUCUCCGAGAGAGAGUUAAUUAUCGCAACCCUUGAAUUCACUUUCUUCCAAAACUCGUUUCUUUCGAUUUAGAAGAAGAGAUUUGAUUUGAUUUUUUUUUUUUAAAGCUCGGAGAUUCAUUCACAGGCAAGGAAUCCACUCCUAAAUGAGAUAUCUGAAAGAAUCACACUCAACAUUGGCUUCUUAGUGUGAAAGUAAGUUUCACUGGAACUCCAAGAAGCAUGACCCCUCUCCAUAGAAAUAGGAUGAAAAGAGGAGCACUUAGGCGGAAGGCUAGGGAUAUAUCCGUUGUGCUUGUUGUGCUUGUUUGUGCAACCGUCGUCAUAUGGACAUGGGAUACAACUCCGAACUCUGCCUUUCUUCCACCUGAAAGUCACUUUCUAAAGCUGGAAACAGAAGAAGAGGUUAAGAGAGUACCUACUGCACUGAAUACGGAAACUAAAGACAGAUACUCAUCAGCUACUCCGUUUGUAAACAAAGAAACCAAAGAGGUGAAACGUGAGGUUGCUAUUAGAGAAGACGAAACUACAAAGACAACACAUAUUAAAGAGACUCAUUCAGAUCCAGAGAGGACUGAACAGUUCGUAGCCAAGAAAGAUGAUGUUAGUACUUCAACACCUCGCAUCCCCAAUAAAGCUUGUAAUUACGCGAAAGGGAAGUGGGUUGUGGACAACCACCACCGUCCUUUGUAUUCAGGAUCUCACUGCAAACAAUGGCUUGCUUCCAUGUGGGCGUGCAGGUUAAUGCAGCGCACAGACUUUGCCUUCGAAAGGUUAAGAUGGCAACCCAAAGACUGCUCUAUGGAAGAAUUUGAAGGCUCCAAGUUCCUGAAAAGGAUGCAGAACAAGAACCUAGCCUUCGUUGGAGACUCAUUAGGAAGACAGCAGUUUCAAUCCAUGAUGUGUAUGAUCACCGGAGGCAAAGAGAGACCCGACGUCCUCGACGUGGGACCAGAGUUUGGGUUCAUAACUCCCGAAGGUGGAGGUCGUCCUAACGGCUGGGCCUACAGAUUCCCAGAAACCAACACAACGGUGCUAUACCACUGGUCAUCAACCCUCUGCGACAUACAACCGCUCAACAUCUCUGACCCUUUAACCGAACACGCUAUGCAUCUCGACCGCCCGCCAGCUUUCUUACGCCAAUACCUUCAUAAGAUUAGCGUCUUGGUGAUGAACACAGGUCACCACUGGAACCGGGGGAAGCUCAACGGCAACAGAUGGGUGAUGCAUUUGAACGGCCUUCCCAACGCUAACAAGAAGCUAGCCGCUCUUGGGAACGCCAAGAACUUCACGAUCCACAGCACGGUUGGUUGGGUUAGCUCGCAGCUCCCUCGCCACCCGGGUCUUAAGGCGUUCUACAGAAGCCUUUCGCCGAGGCAUUUCGUGGGCGGGGAGUGGAACACUGGAGGGAGCUGCAAUAACACAACACCGAUGUCUAUAGGGAAAGAGGUUUUGCAAGAGGAGUCUAGCGAUUACAGCGCGGGUCAUGCGGUGAAAGGCACAGGUGUUAAGCUUUUGGACAUAACAGCGUUAUCUCAUAUCAGAGAUGAAGGUCACAUAUCGCGGUUUAGUCUCUCGGCUUCGAAAGGAGUUCAGGAUUGCCUCCAUUGGUGCUUGCCUGGUGUUCCUGAUACAUGGAAUGAAAUCCUUUUUGCAAUGAUAUAAGGGCUUGAGGCAAAGCCAGCGUUUUGAUAGCUUUUAGACGACACACAUUGAGGUACUUUAGUGGCUUGAGGUGUAAGUUUUAGUAUUUAUUCUGGUACAGAAGCUAAGCCUAUUAUUGUCGUCAUAAACCAUACUGGGGCUUGGUUCUGACUUCUGACCAUAUUUACAGAAUCUAACUCAACUUUUGUCUUUUAAGUCUAUUAAUAGAAUAUAUUUUUUAGAAUUAGUUAGUGAAUAAUCGGUUAUUGUGUUC